UACGUCACAUGUGCGACGAGUUUAUGAUGAUAUAACCUGAAAAUGGCAGCCGAGGAGAGACAGACGAAAAGUGAAAAAACCAAACCGAUCUUUUGCGAACUGUCCGCUAACGAUCUAGAGUCGGAAAUCACGGAGAUCGAGAGCUUAUGCAUGGAAUGCGGGAAAAAUGGGACUACCAGGCUGUUGUUAACGAAGAUUCCGCAUUACAAAGAUGUGGUACUUAUGUCGUUCGAGUGCGAGCACUGUGGCUAUAAAAAUAACGAGAUACAAAGCGGUGGAAAGAUAGCGGAAAAAAGUGUCAAGAUAACAUUGCAAGUUGUAACGCAACAGGAUCUGAAUCGUCAAGUGGUUAAAUCUGAUUAUACCAGCGUUCACAUUCCCCACUUAGACUUUGAGAUUCCUGCGCAAUCACAAAAAGGAGAAGUUACAACAAUAGAAGGAAUAAUUGAUAGGAGCAUUAGAGCUUUGGAGCAGGAUCAGCCGAAACGUCGGGAAGAAUUUCCAGAUACCGCGGACGAAAUAGAUUUAUUUAUUAGCAAAUUAUGUGCAUUGAAAAUAGUUGAAGAACCAUUCACUAUAAUCUUUCAAGAUAUAUCGGGAAACAGUCAUGUGGAGAAUCCAAAAGCACCACUCAAAGAUAGUCAAUGUAAUAUAACAUAUUUCAAAAGAACAAAAGAGCAGAAUUGUAUGCUGGGAAUUUACUCAGACAAUGAAGAUGUUUUGCUCAAGCCUAUACAGGAGGGAGAGUAUACUCUGGAACAAAUGAACGGUGAAGUGUUGUCCUUCCCUACCAAUUGCCCAGAUUGCAACAGUCCAUGUGAAACAAAUAUGAAACUGACAAAUAUACCACACUUCAAAGAAGUUGUCAUAAUGGCCACACUCUGCGAGUCUUGUGGUCAUAGAACUAACGAAGUGAAGAGCGGCAGUGGAAUCGAACCUCAGGGAAUCAGAAUUGAAGUAAUGGUAACAGGCAAAGAAGAUUUCAGUCGCGAUUUAUUAAAAUCCGAAACUUGCAAUAUGGAGAUACCCGAAUUCGAAUUAGAAGUCGGUCCAGCUGCUUUGGGCGGUCGAUUCACAACUGUCGAAGGGAUCAUAACAGCGAUAAAAGAACAAUUAUCUUCAUCUACAGCUUUCACCGGAGACAGCAGUGAUUUAGAAACUGGGAAGAGAAUGAAGACAUUUAUUGCUCAUUUGGAAGAGGUUUUGGAUGGUCAAAGGAAAGUGACUCUAGUUUUAGAUGAUCCGGCCGGAAAUAGCUAUGUGCAAAGCCUUUCCGAUGAUGGGCCUGACGAUAGAUUAAAAAUCACAAAAUACGACAGAAGUUUCGAACAGAAUGAAGAACUUGGACUCAAUGACAUGAAAGUUGAGAACUAUUAACCUUGUGUUAAAUUAGAAGAACUAAGUAUCAUCAAAGCAUAUCUGAAAAAUGACCAGAUAACAAAACUAUCCAUCUUAAAUCAUGACAUUGUUGUCCUUGUAACAAAGAUUUAUUGUCCAACUAACUUGCACCAUGUAAAUAUAAAAUUUAUAUUAUUUUCAUCAAA